AUGCCCCUGAGAGAGGCCGUAACUGAAGCCCCAUCAUCGACAGAAGCUAAACUGACCCUAAAACGUGCCGUAGAUGAAGCCGCAUCGUCGCCAGACGCAAAAAUGCCCAAGAAUAAUGCCGCAACUGAAGCGUCCUCAUCGCCAGAAGUUAAACUGCCCCUUAAACAUGCCGUAGAUGAAGCUCCAUCGUCAUCAGACGCAAAUAUGUCCCUGAAAGACGCCGUAGCUAAAGCGGAUGCUUGCAUGUUUUCAUCGUCCUCACUACUAAUUUCACCCAUUAACCAUUCGCAGUUGGAACAAAACCAGCCACCAAACACCUUCAUAAAAGAAAACUCCGCCUUGUCACCGCCAUUGCCAUUAGAAAAAAGUAUUAACGAAGAAGAAAUACCUAACAAUGAAGAGCUAAUACAGGACUCACUGCCUAAUACAUCCCUCAAUUCACAAAUUUUGGACUCUUACCCGAGUAUACCUGAUGAAAAGGACUUGUCACAGGACUCUACAUCGCCGUCGGGCAAAUUAUUAUCGAGAAGCAUGGAUGGCCUGCCACUUGGGACCAACACACACUUGCCAUUAAAUGAACUUCAUGAAAAAAUAUCCGGACUAGAGCUGACAUUAGUUAGUGCUCAAAAUGAGCUGGAAAAUAAAAUAAUUGAAAAUAUUGAGCUCCAAAAGAAAAACAACAAACUAGCUAUGGAAGCGGAGGAAUACUGCUACCUUUUGGAUUCAAAUCUAAACCUGUCUUAUGACUAUGACAUGUUUUCUCAUCAUGGAAAUGUAAAAAGGCAGGGAUAUGUUACGAUAUUUCAUGACCUGAUGAAACUCCUCACGUCGAUCAACGAUUUUGAAACUCAAUGUGAAACUGAACGUGAAACGGAGCGUGAAAAGGUGUGCGAAACUGACUACCAAAUGAAACAGGAAACUGAACGUGAAACGGAGCGUGAAAAUGUGUGUGAAAAUUACUACGAAACGCAACAGGAAACUGAACCUGAAUUUGAAAGUGAACCAGAAUGUGAACCUGAAACCGAGUGUGAAAUUGAAAGUGAAACUGAGCGUGAAACUGGUUCCGAAUCGGAAAGUGACAAAGAAUGCGAAACGGAGCGUGAAACUGACUAUGAAACAGAGCCGGAAACGGAACGUGACACUGAGGGCGAAACUGAACGUGAAACAGAACGUGAAACCGAAGAGUUUUUUCUAACACGCUCGGAAUCCUGCACCAAAACAUAG